AUGGUGCGCAACAUUGUCGUUCUCGGUGGUAACUCCCACCCGGAGCUCGUCAACAGCAUUUGCAGUAUCCUGGGAGUUCCCCCCUGCGAUAGAAUCCUCUCGAGUUUCUCUGUAGGCGAGACCCGAUGUGAGAUCCAGGAUUCCGUGCGCGGCAAGGAUGUCUACAUCAUUCAGUCGGGAGGCGGAAAGGUCAACGACCAUUUCGUCGAUCUUUGUAUCAUGAUAUCUGCUUGCAAAACUGGAUCCGCCAGAAGAGUCACCGCAGUCCUGCCAUUGUUCCCAUACUCCAGACAACCUGACCUGCCCUAUAACAAGGUAGGCGCGCCUCUGUCGAAACAGCCCUCUUCGCUUCCUAAUGGACAAUACACAUUCGAAAGCGUCCCGGCUACGCCCGCUCCCGGGAUCCCAAAGAGUGCCGGGCUUGCUAACGGCAUCGACGGGCUCAGCAAGAGGCUCAACAAGUCCACCCUUGCAGAGACCAAUGGCAACAGCAGGACACCGGCAGCUGGCAACGCAGGUGACAGCUACUUCAAGCGCGUGGAUUCCGCCCCAGCUAUUCCUCAGACCCCGCUGAGAAGCUUUACAACACACGACUACGAGAAGAAGCCUGUUCCGAAUUUCGUACCGAAGCCUGGUUACAAGCAGUGGGUUGCACAGGCUGGUACCUUGGUCGCUGAUCUCUUGACCUGCUCUGGUGCCGACCACAUCAUCACACUUGACCUGCAUGAUCCGCAGUACCAAGGCUUCUUCGAUGUGCCUGUGGACAAUCUCUACGGCAGACCCCUGCUGAAGCGAUACAUCACAUCGAACAUACCCAACUACAAGGAUGCCGUUGUUGUCAGUCCGGAUGCCGGUGGUGCAAAGAGAGCAACCGCCAUUGCAGACAGUCUGAACAUGGACUUUGCUCUAAUUCACAAGGAACGUCGUCCCACCAAGAUCACGGACCGCCAGAAUGCCACCAUGAUGCUUGUGGGAGAUGUCGCCAAUCGUGUUUGUGUUUUGGUUGAUGAUUUGGCCGACACUUCCAACACGAUUACGAGAGCUGCCAAGCUCCUGAAGAAGGAAGGAGCUACCGCCGUGUAUGCUCUCAUCACUCAUGGCGUCCUCAGCGGCGACGCAAUCUCCCGCAUCAAUGCCUCUGCAAUCGACAAGCUCGUCGUGACAAAUUCCGUUCCGCAAGGAGAGCACAAGCGCAUGUGCCCCAAGCUCGAGGUGCUUGAUAUUGGUCCGGCCUUCGGCGAGGCUAUCAGGCGCGUACACCAUGGCGAAUCCAUUAGCGUUCUUUUCCAGUACGAAUAA